AUGGCCGACUCGGACGGCGAAUACGUUGGGGACCUCUCGGAUGACGAACUCGGCGAUCCCCGCGUGGCCUCCGCUGCGGAUGGUAGCUCCUACGGUACUCGAUCCAAGGCCGGCCGCGGCAAUAGGAAGGCAGGCGAUGGCCGUAAAAAUGGCCGUUCGAAGGCGGCAUGGGAAGACAUUAAACGGUCGUGGGAGCAUGUGGUCGAGACGGAAGAUGGGAGCAUCACCGUCGGGGCACUCCUCGAGGCCGAGAAGCGACGUCGGCUCAUGCGCGACACGACUCCGUUCCAGCGUGGCAUCAUCCGACAUGUGAUGCUGGUGCUCGACAUGAGCUUCGCCAUGGCCGAAAAGGACCUGCUACCGAACCGGUACCUGCUAACGCUCAAUUACGCCGUCGACUUUGUGCGGGAGUACUUUGAACAAAACCCGAUUAGCCAGCUGGGAAUUGUGGGAAUGCGCGAUGGCAUCGCCGUCAGGAUCAGCGACAUGGGCGGGAACCCCGCGGAGCACAUCGAGAAACUGCGGAUAUGGGCCGAGCAGCAGGAGCCGCAGGGCAAUCCAAGUCUGCAAAACGCCCUGGAGAUGUGCCGCGGCGCAUUAUUCCACACCCCCUCCCACGGCACGCGCGAAGUCCUCAUAAUCUACGGCGCCCUCCUGUCCAGCGACCCCGGCGAUAUCCACGACACCAUCACCCAGCUCCUGGCCGACCGCAUCCGCGUCUCGAUCGUGGGCCUCGCCGCGCAGGUGGCCAUCUGCGAACAGCUCUGCAGCCGCACCAACGGCGGCGACCCCUCCAACUACGCCGUCGCCCUACACGAGCAGCACUUCCGCGAGCUCUUCCUCGCCGCCACAACUCCACCAGUCUGCCGCCUGCCCGCCGAGUGCCCCGUGUGCGCCCUCACCCUCGUGCUCAGCACCCACCUCGCCCGCUCCUACCACCACCUGUUUCCGCUGCGCGGCUGGGUCGAGGUGUCGUGGGCGGAUGCUGCGCGCCGGGUUGCGGGUGGGGUUGGGAGUGGGACUGGGGGUGGUGGUGGUGGUGGUGGUAGUGGUGCCUGCUUUGCUUGCCUGGCUGCUUUUCCGCCCGUGCCGUCGCUGUAUAGUGGCAGUGGUGGGGGGGAGGAUAAGGCGGGGGGGCAGGGCGCUGCUGGCGCUGCUGGUGCUGCUGCUGCUGCUGCUGCGGAAGAGAGGACUGCGUUGGCGCCCGAGGCCAAGGCGGCUGGUGUCAGCGAGAGCGGCCGGUAUGCGUGCACCGUGUGCGGGAACCACUUCUGCAUCGACUGUGAUGUGUUUGCCCACGAGAUGAUCCAUAACUGCCCCGGCUGCCAGAGCGACACGCGCGGAGCGGAGGGGCAGGCGGCGGGUGGUGAGGGAGGGGCGGUGAAUGGACAGGCCCAGGCUCACGCCCUGGGGAAUGGCGCGAGUGAGGCGAUGGUUAUAGAUGCAUAG